CGUCACUCUUUAUUUUCUUGACGCGCGGGAAAUUUAAAAGUUUUGAACUUUGAAAGGUUUAAAAUUGCAUUGAGAUAAACUAUGGAUUAAUUAAAUUUGCGUGUUUUCUACAAAUGAUCAAGCAAAACAGAUUACACUUUACCCUGAAAAUAUAAAUAAUACAAAACGGAUGUUAGGCCUACUACAUGUAUUUUGAGUGAGCAAAAACAUCAUGAGAAAGAGAAGUUUUAUGUUUUGGCAAAGAGGCAGCAAAGGAAGCCUUAACGAGGAUGAAUCAGACUCAGAUCAACACACACAUUCGGAAAUAAGCAGGACUAAAACAGAACAAUUUAAUUCUGGGCAAAAUGAACCGACAACAUCAAUGGAUCCAAACGAUGAAGAUGCUGUCCUACCUUUUGAUCACCCAGCCAUGUCUUAUGAACAACUUAAUGAACACAUUGAAAAUACAAUUAAGAUGGUGGAAUUUGCUCAGAAGAAUGAUUUAUAUAAAAACAAAGCAAUUCAACAAAACCUAAGAUCAGCUGAGAAAAAACUUUUGAUUCUGCACGGUGAACACAAAGAGACAAAGCGGCAGAUGAGACUUGCGGCAACCAAAGUGCGGGCAAUACGUGAAGAAAACGAAAACCUGAAAAAGAUCAUUCUUAAAGGAGAAUGGAUGAACUAUGAUUCGAACGAGUUCAAAUCAACCUGCAAAGCGUUUCAACCAAUUUUAUAUGCGGACUUUCAAAAAAUACAAACCAAAAGCGAUGCCAUUGGUCUGCUUACAAAAAUCCAAGAACGCAAAAUUCAACUUCAAAAAAUGGAAUGCCUCACCUACCAGAAAUACAUUUUGUUUAAAUUUGAAGGUGAAGCAGCAGACAUGAUCAGCAAGAAACAUUCGCAUAAAAAGAAACAUGAAAAAUCGUCAAAAAAGAAAGACACAGAAAAACAGAAAUCACCAUCAAAAGAUCCUAGUAAUCCAACAGAUGCUGCUGAUAGGUACAAAUACAAGCUUGGUAAGCUUCAGAAAAUGAUCCAAGACAAGCAACAAAAAUUGCAGCAUUUAGAAGAAAAGAAGAAAAAAUUAAGUGACAGUGCUAUCAUGUUAGAUGUAGAAAUAAACGAUGCAGAAUCUCCUAGUAGAGGUCCGAAGAACCGCCAAAACAUUCAAUUUGGAGGUUUCCAACCUGCAUCACAACUGUCUACAAAUGUGGAAACUGGGCCUAGAAUUUCAAGGAGAAAUGAGAGUAAUGAACCAAGAAAUGUGAGUUAUGGUCCUAGAAACAAUAUGCCCACUAGUUCUAGGAGAGUACCACCAGCGCCACCUUUACCAAGCGCCAUAAGCCGCCUGAAUCCACCGCUGAUAGUACCUACUCAUGCUUUGAAUACAGACCUGUAAUAGCCCUAUAGGCCUAAUUCUAAAGCUAAUACUAAAUUCUCAUGCACAAACUGUAAAUGGCACACUAGACUACUCCAUCCGUAUUUGGAUUUUAAAGUAAAUGCGACUAAAUCAUAGAUUGACUAUUUCUUGUAUUCCACGGCUUUCAUUCUAUUGUCAUUUUCUGUGGUAAACAACGUUCUGUAGGAAAUAUUAUGGGCAAUAAUAAUGAUAUUAUAUAAACCAACUUGUUCUAAACCAAAAUAGUGACAGGUGUUAUGUACAGUAUAACGUGAACAGGUGAAAUGAGAGGAGUUUAUUUAUUUAUCAGUCAGUUGACAAUUAACUUGCAUGAAAAUGUAUAUAUAUGCUGAUAUAAAAAUUGUUUUACUUGAAGGGGAUUGGAUUAUUUUAACAUCUUGUAGAUUUUAUUGUCCUCUUUUGGAUAUCCAUAAUUUCGUUUGCGUGUUAUUUCUAUAU